UUGGUAGAAACCACAUCAGCUCAAUCUCAAUCAACAAAAUGUUUAAGGUUAUUUUCCUGGUCGCCUGCUUGGCCGUCCUGGCCUCGGCUGAUUUCUACGGAGGGGAUUAUGGACAUCAUGAGGAUUAUCAUUCGCAUCCCAAAUACAAGUUUGAGUACGGAGUCAAGGAUGGACACACUCACGAUCACAAGAGCCAAUGGGAAAGCCGAGAUGGAGAUCACACCAAGGGUCAGUACACUCUGGAUGAAGCUGAUGGAACUCACCGUGUUGUAGACUAUUCCUCGGACCAUAAAGGAGGAUUCCAACCUCAUGUGCAGCGAAUUGGCCAUGCUAAGCACCCACAUCAUGGAGAGAGCUACGCCAACAUUCAUCAGCACUACUGA